CGGGCGUCGGCCCGGAGUACCGUAAGUAUCUUAUCAGAGAACGGCGAGGACCUUAGAACACUCCAACAUCUUCAAUCGAAAGUUUGUGAGCUAAAUUCCAGCUGGUAACUAGCAGUAUAAGGAAUUCGUCACUGACUACAUAUUGAUCAGAGCGCCAUGGCGAGUUGUCCACUGCUGGUGAUGUAUAAUCCCGUCUGUGGAAAUGGCACUGCCGAGGCCUUUUUCAAUGAACAUGUCUUUCCUCGUCUCGAGGAAGCGCGUAUCCAAGUUACCCAAAAGGUGGCAACUGGAGCCGCUGGACAUGCUGGUACCAUAGUGUUCGAGUUCCUCGAACGAUAUGAGGGCAACGUGACAGUCAUACUGGGCUCCGGCGAUGGAACGCUGCACGAAAUCAUCAACGCCCUCUCACUCGUAGCACUGAAAGGUGUACGCGAGAAUGUUGUAUCAUCCUCAGUUCGUGUAGUUCUUGUCCCGUGUGGGACGGCAAACGCUCUUUACUGCUCCUUAUUCAAGCCAACCUCCAUGGAUGAGGGCCCAGCAUACAAGCUGAAGUCUCUGGAAGCAUUCAUCAGGGGCUCAAAUGUCGUUCCCCUCACGUUGGCUGUCACGACCCUAUCUUCUCCACCGAACUCAAAGCAACCUUGUUCCAAGGUCGCGGUUUCAGCGGUAGUGACCUCUACUGCUUUGCACGCCUCUAUCCUCCAUGACUCCGAGAGCCUGAGGAAAGAAAUGCCAAGCAUCGAAAGAUUCAAAGUUGCUGCGAGGAACAACAUCACGCAAUGGUACAGCAGCCAUGUCAAGCUCCUGCCUACGCCAUCUGCUCAAGCUGUGGAGAUAUACGAUCCAGACCAAAAGACUUUCGUAACUCACGAAGACUCAGAUGAUCAUGGCAUUGUAGAUGUGUAUGGCCCAUUCGCAUACUUUCUUUCUACUGUCAAUGUCGAUCGUUUGGAACCUGCUUUCCGAAUCACCCCUCUUGCGUCCGAUUUUGUUUCGUCGGAGGUCUCGCUAGACCUUGUCAUGGUUCGACCUCACCGUGAUCCUACCUUCGUUAUGGAUACCGUUGAAGCUCGAAAUGCUUUUGCAGAAAAGUCACAUGCCGUGCUAACUGCAGCAUACCAAGAUGGGAACCACAUUAACUUAAGAUACACCGACGAUGGAAAGAUAACCAGUGAAGGGACAGGUCCCUCGGUGGUAGAAUAUAUCCGGUGCAGAGGAUGGGAAUGGAUACCCGAUGACGUCGAUGAAAAGGCCCACCUUCUAUGCUCAGAUGGAGCUAUAUUCUCAAUUGUGAAGGGCGGAAGAGCAGCAUGCAGGACAGCAGUACCAGCCGAUGGUGCAGGAUUUUUGGUAUACGUCUAGUGUCAGGCAAGGUUGUUCCAAUUUCAGGAGAUAUCUUGAUCAUAAAGUCAAGAAAACAACUUGCUGUCAGCAGCGCGUCUCGUACGAUAGACUUCCUCAGUGUAUAUGUCUUUUGUUCCAUCACUGGCAUAGUUUGUUCAAUGUACGUGCUUGAACUUAUUGUCAAUUGAGACAGGAAUUGGGUUGACGAUCGUUGCGUACGAAUUAUACGAGAGCGCUUGGCAU